GUGGAUAUCGGUGAUCUGAUUUGGCUUGUACGUCAAUCCGCCAACACCUUCUUCAUAAAACCCUACGAGUCCCUCAAAAUUCAUUCAAGGCGGGGAGAUGGCGUAUGUUGUGGUGGAGGUGGUUGAUCACAUCAGCCGCUUGCCGGCCGCCAUAAUCCACCACAUCUUCUCCUUCUUGCCCUUCAAAGACGUGGUGAAGACCAGCGUGUUGUCCAAGCAGUGGCGUUUCGCUUGGGCCUCCACUCCAUACAUCCAUCUCUCUCUCCCGUCAGCGGGUGUCGUUCCUUUGAUCAGCAGAGCACUGAGUCGCUGCACAGCUACUAAGAUAGAGAAGUUCCAUCUUGAUGCUACUAAGUCUGGUAACGACGUCCUCAUUGACCCCGAUUGGUGGAUUCGCUUCGCCGUGGCGGGCAAAGUGAAGCACGCUUCGUUUGUUUUUGGAUCCUUCAAACAGGACGUGCCUCGAUUCUUGUGCAGUUGCGCGUCGCUGGUGAGCUUGCGACUGUCUAACUGUCUUUUUUCACGGGAUAUUACCAUCCACUGGCCUUUACUUAAGAAAUUGUGCCUACACUACCUCCCCUUUCAAAAGGAUCAGAUCAUGAAUAUCUUAAGCGGGUGCCCUGUUCUCGAAUCUCUUACGUUGCAGCGUUCGCAUCCCUCGCUCGGCACUUGCGAUCUCCGGAUCGAUUCGAGAUCUCUGAGAGAGUUGGUGAUCGAAAACGUUUAUAUACUGUCGCUCGAUGUUUCGGCUCCGAAUCUGCUUUCAUUGCGUUUGUCGGGCAUGUUUGUCCCCCCAGGCUUUAGACUAAAUGGAGCAUCUUCAUUAGCAGAGGCAGAGUUGAACUUUGACAAGCCAACUAAUUUUCGUGGCUGCUUUCUUGAACGAAUGAAGUUCGUUCUUGAGCAGCUGCAACAUAUCGCGAAAAUCACUAUGGGAAGCUGGUGCCUUAAGGUUCUAUCAGCAGUUGAGGUAAUGGGAAUGUCGUACCUAUCAUCGAGAUGGCGUAACAUCAUAGUGUAUACUACAUUUUCUAAAAGCAACCAUCUAGGGAUGGCGUACGUGCUGAAGAGUUCUCCACGUCUGGAAAGGCUGGUCAUAUGCAAUCCAAAAUCUGAUAAUAUCACGUUCGACAACAAGGAUUAUCCGGAGCUCUGCGACUUUGAUGAAAAGCAAUUUUGGCACUCACAGAAGGAGUUCUAUUGUGUGGCAAAUCAUCUUAAAAGGGUUGAAAUUGUUGGGUUCGAAUUUGACAAUGAGAAAUCAAAACUUUUGCUUGACCUGGCUAAGUUUUUUCUGGAGGAGGCAGUUGGAUUGGAGAAGAUGAUAAUUGAUGUUGAAUUAAAGAUGUCACGUCGAGGAGUACCCAUGGACCCUCAUGAUCUUUGGGGUAUCCAAGUUGUGAUUCAGCUGCAAGAAGGUUGUCGGAGAGCGUCUCGAAAUGCUGAAGUUAUAGUCAAUUAUUUCAAUGGACUCCCUACGAAAGCAUAAGCAAAUCACAGGUACACAGUACUUUUUUUAGAUUGCAUGACAUAGGUAGCUUUGACAAGGAAAUAAAACUGCUCCUCUUUUUAUGCCACUUUUGACGGUGGGUGAAUAAGUUGGGUUUAACAUAAGCUUUCAUGUCGCUUCGUUUUGAGUUUUUCGAGUUUAAGAUUUCGUUUGGAUCGAGCUUCUUUGACUUUCAUUGGCAAUUUUUUCUCUGGAAUCCUUAGUUUUUCAUCACAUUUCAAGUAACGUAUGGUUCAAUUAUGCGAACGGCUUAAUGUAACCAGAUGGCAAGACCACCGUAUUAGUUCAUUAGGUUGUGAAAAUGGUUUACUUAUCCUACAAGGAGGAGUUCAACUUU